GGGACUGUAGGGAUGCUUUGGUGGUGAAUCACAUGCUGAAACGCACAGCAGAAUGGAACUGAAAGGAGGCCAUAUACUAACUAGCGAGCCAGAGUGAGAUUGAUUUCCGCAUUGCGAUUGCUAUCUGGACCAUGAUGGUACUCCUGGAUUUCAUGCUUUAAGAACCUUUGUAGUGACUGAAGUUUCGAGAAAGCCAUGGCCUUCUUUACUCCAUGGAAACUAUCCUCUCAGAAACUUGGCUUUUUUUUGGUGACUUUUGGCUUCAUUUGGGGAAUGAUGCUUCUGCAUUUUACUAUUCAACAGCGAACUCAACAUGAAAGCAGUUCAGUGCUUCGUGAACAAAUACUGGAUCUCAGCAAAAGAUAUAUCAAAGCACUGGCAGAGGAAAACAGAAAUGUAGUAGAUGGACCUUAUGUUGGGACCAUGACAGCUUAUGAUCUCAUUAAUGGAGCCCAAGAACAGUGUGAAUUGCCUCCUAUGGAUGGUUUUCCUCACUGUGAAGGCAAAAUAAAGUGGAUGAAAGAUAUGUGGCGAUCGGAUCCAUGUUAUGCAAGCUACGGUGUGGAUGGGUCCACGUGCUCCUUUUUUAUUUACCUCAGUGAGGUUGAAAACUGGUGUCCUCGUUUACCUUGGAGAGCAAAAAAUCCUAAUGAAGAAACUGAUCAAAAUUCAAUGGCUGAAAUUCGUACCAAUUUUGAUCGACUCUACAAAAUGAUGUCGAGGCAUGAAGAAUUCCGAUGGAUGACACUACGCAUCAGACGAAUGGCUAAUGCUUGGAUUGAAGCAAUUAAGUCGCUUGCAGAAAAACAAAACCUGGAAAAAAGAAAACGUAAAAAGAUCCUGGUUCAUUUAGGACUUUUGACAAAAGAAUCUGGAUUCAAGAUUGCAGAGAAUGCAUUUAGUGGUGGCCCACUUGGUGAAUUAGUCCAGUGGAGUGAUUUAAUUACAUCUCUCUACUUACUGGGCCAUGACAUUAGGAUUUCAGCUUCACUGGCAGAGCUCAAGGAGAUUAUGAAGAAGGUUGUAGGCAAUAGAUCUGGCUGCCCUACUCAGGGAGACAAAGUGGUAGAACUCAUUUACAUUGAUAUCGUGGGACUCACUCAAUUUAAGAAAACCCUUGGUCCGUCAUGGGUACAUUACCAGUGUAUGCUAAGAGUCUUGGAUUCAUUUGGGACUGAACCAGAGUUUAAUCAUGCUCAUUAUGCCCAGUCUAAAGGCCACAAGACACCAUGGGGUAAAUGGAACCUCAAUCCGCAGCAGUUUUACACGAUGUUCCCUCACACUCCAGAUAAUAGUUUCCUUGGGUUUGUGGUGGAACAACAUCUGAAUUCCAGCGACAUUAAACAUAUUAAUGACAUCAAAAGGCAGAAUCAGUCUCUUGUUUAUGGAAAGGUCGAUAACUUCUGGAAGGACAAGAAAGCUUAUUUGGACAUCAUUCACACCUACAUGGAAGUCCAUGGAACUGUGCAUGGAAUGAGCACGGUUCAUAUGCCAAGCUAUGUGAAAAAUCAUGGCAUCCUUAGUGGACGGGAUUUGCAGUUUCUGCUGAGAGAAACUAAAUUAUUUGUCGGCCUUGGAUUCCCAUAUGAAGGGCCUGCUCCUCUAGAGGCUAUUGCUAAUGGAUGUGCUUUUCUGAAUCUAAAAUUUAACCCACCCAAAAGCAGCAAAAACACAGAAUUUUUCAAAGGCAAGCCAACACUUCGAGAGUUGACCUCUCAGCAUCCCUAUGCUGAAGUUUACAUUGGGAAACCACAUGUUUGGACUGUGGACAUCAGUGAUCUGUUUGAGGUGGAGAAGGCAGUUAAAGCAAUUCUGAAUCAAAAGAUCGAACCUUAUUUGCCCUAUGAAUUUACAUGCGAGGGGAUGCUACAGAGGAUGAAUGCAUUCAUUGAGAAACAGGAUUUCUGUCAUGGGCAGGUAAUGUGGCCCCCACUAAGUGCACUUCAGGUAAAAAUUGCUGAAUCUGGGAAAUCAUGCAAACAAGUUUGUCAAGAAAACCAGCUCAUCUGUGAACCUUCCUUCUUCCAGCACCUUAACAAGGACAAGGCGCUGCUAAAGUAUAACCUUGAAUGUCAUACUGUUGAAUCGGCAAAUGAUAUCGUUGUCCCCUCUUUUGAUGAAAGAAGGAAACACUGCGUUUUUCAAGGAGAUCUUUUGCUGUUCAGCUGUGCAGGGUCCCAUCCAAACCACAAAAGAAUCUGUCCUUGCAGAGACUACAUAAAGGGACAGGUUGCACUUUGUAAAGACUGCCUAUAGCAGCAGCAGCACACCUUGUUUUUCCUUGGGGACAAGCAAGUGGUUUUUGAGAGAACUACUUACACUUCCUGCACUUUUGUUCAGAUGUCUAGCAGUAGGCAGAGCUCCCGCUGCAGCACAGAGUUAUCUGCAAGGAGAGAGGGGUCAUGAUGAACAGCAAACUGGGGUUUAUUUUAUUUUUUCUAAGCAAACAUUUUCAAAAUCCUUUCAUCUACUCAACGAGAAGAGAAAGGAAGUUCUAUGCUUUGUAAUGAUUUAAAGAUGAUUGCAAAGAACAAUUUGUAGGAAAUCCCCAGCCCCAUCAAACAUUGUUGUUGGUUUUGAGUGAAAUGAGUUUUUCCUUUUUUUUAAAUGAGUUAGAACAUCCCUUCAUCGUUUGCUAAGAACCCAAACAUCAUUCCAGUAGAAAGUUGAAAAAAGUAUGCUGGGGGGUGGGUAGGACUUAAUUUAUUAAAGGUGCACUGUUUUGGGUGCUGCUUCAGCUUCAAUGCCUACAAAAUGGUGCAUUUCUCAAGAACUUGGAACCACAAGGAAACCCAAGUAACAAGAGAGAUAACUGUCUGCUCCCAGUUCUUUUUUAAUCUUUGCAUACUACAGGAUAUUGUCUGCAUCACAGCUACUGUACUAGAGCAGUCUAAACAGAGAGCACCGUGAAGAGGAGGAUUGGUGGCUGCCAGUUUGUGGCGCAUCCUGGUAACUUGAUAACUGACUUUGGUUGUGGCGGUCCUUGGUGCUGACCAGCCACUGACAUAUACUGCCAUUUAAAAAUGGACCCGUUGUCACAGUUUACUGGUCCCAUUUAGAGAACGAUCCUUGAAACUUGUUCGUGCUUCUGUUGUAGUCUGCCUAUUAGAAAUACUGUGUGAAGCAAAAAGUAUUCAGCAUCAUUUGAGCAAUAUUAUUGUUAGACCCUCAGUUUGCUAUACCUUAAAAUAGUUAAAACAUUACUGAAAGACAUAGAACGGUCAACUAAACUAACUAUAAUUAUUGUAUGAUAGAAAUGUAAAAUGUCUUCAUAACUAGUUAGGUUUUUAAAGAGAAAGAUGUUUGAACAGCAAUUGAGAGAGAGAGAGAGAGAGAAAUGACUGCUAAGAAAAAAACAUUGAUCUCUUUUCUUGAUUCUUUGUAAUUUUUUAAUAGGCAGGCCAGUGAUAUAUUUAGAAGCUGCAUUUCAUUAUCAAAAGUUUGGAUCCAAAUUCAAACUUUGCUUGUUUAGAGCAGUGAGCUAAAUCUUUUAAAAAAAUAAAAUGCCUCUUUUUUAAGAGUAAACUUUUUGCAGCACAAGCUGACAUGUUUGAAAGCACUCUCCAUGGCUGGGAAAAGAGACAUUAAAUUAGUGGGAAAUGAAUGCUGAGUCGGUCUGCAGUGAGCAAGUAGGAUUUGAAAACGAUCAUAGUUUGUAGGUUUAAAACUUGGAUAUGCUCCGACCAUAAUUGAAAACCUCAGUUUGAUAUCUUAAUGCUUUUUUGUGAAGAUUUAUCAAGCAUUGCCCAGUACUUCCACUAAUGAAAACAUAGGCACUUUAAAUUUUCUUUCCUAGACUAUAUCAGGUUCACUCAUUCUUUUGUAUUUGGCAUUCAUUAUGUGUGUAUGAGUAUUGAUAUGUCUCUUGACCUACCAAAGACCCAAAAAGGGAAAUGCUAUUGAAACUGUCAGACAAAUUAUCAUGACAAGCCUAUAGAAAAUUAGAAAUGCAGUUUCCCAUUUAAAUGUAAUCAUCUAAUUAUUCCAAGUGCUUUUAUAUUUCAUAAUUCAACACUCUUAAUGCCAUUAUAUCAUUAUACAGAUAGUGUGGAUUAGACAGAAAUUGGAUCCUAAAUUAUUUUUCAGUACCCAGAAAAGCAAUAUGAAAUGUGUAUGCACAGAAGGGUGCAUCAGUGACUGCUUUGGGAUCAUUCCUUGUUGUGAACAUCCCUUAGUUUAUUUACCAGCAGGCCCGUUCUUUUCCAGAAAGAAAAAACUAAUAGACUUAUCCAGGAUCAUUCUUGUUGGCACUCCCUCAGCAUGAACACCACUUGUGAUGGCUGUCUUAGGACUAGAAUCUGAAAAGCUUCCAAAAAUUCAUUUUAAUUGUUUAAAAAGUUCCCCAUGUGAAAGGUAGCAACAGGAGUUGUCUUUCCUGAUGCUUCCUCAGGCUUUUCAGUUACAGUGUAGUAAGUUAGAAUGGGAUGUGACAUUGGUACUUUGACAGCAAAGGUGGUGGGGGACGCAUACGUAUGUAUUAAUGCAAAGCACUCUUGUUUACUGUUAUGUAACGAUUAGAAACCAUUUGCUGUAAAUAAACAUUCCCUUGGGUUCUGCCAGGUUAAGAAACGUAGGGCAGAUUGUCACUUAUUUUACCUCUAAAAUUUAAAGACGCCUAAUUUUUUUGCUAGUCUGUUGCAAUUUCCACUGCACUAUGUUGUCCAAUAAUGUAGCAUGAUGUGUGCAGCCUCUACCACAGCAGAAGAGUCUGUGAUCUCUGUACUUUCAUGCAAUCCAUCUUUGUAUUUCUGCUGAAUCAAGUUACUGGAUAUUGGUAAAUGAAAAAGCCAAACCAAAACCUGUCCAUCCAGUAACAGGAAUCAGUAUGAUUUGAACACGAUGAAUAAUCACUAGGACCAGAUCAUAGUUCUACUGAUAACACUGAGAGUUUUGUUAUUAACUUCCCUUUAUCUUUCAAGAGCUUUAUUUUAUUAUUAUUAUUACUCCUAAGACAUGCAGGAUAUGAGCUUUCUGGUCAGGAGUAAGUCCUCUUACAGUGUGCAGCUUCUGUUUAAUUUUCCAUAAGAGAAAAUCUAUGGGAUCAUGGCAAACAUGUCCUUUCCUUCUACCAAUAGAUAACCUUUGUGAUAAAGUUGUGCUUUGCUCUAUAGGCGUAUUGGAAACCAUUGUUUCCACAACAUUUAAUUCAGUACUGAUGCAGUGAAUAAGAUACUUUUUUUAAGUGUGUUGUUUGUCUUUAAAUGUAUAAGCAAAUGGGUUCUAGUAUAAAAUAAUAUCAUUCCUCAAGUGGCCAGGCAAACCAAUAAGGGAUUAUUUUACAAAUUAUAAAGAGUUUAGUAAAUUAAAACAAAUUUGUAUCACAACUUAAAUGAAAACGGGCAACUCUACUGCCUAAUCCCCAUAAACCAAACAGACUUUCUGGGUUUAUAUAAUAUAGAAUAAUUGUAUAAUCCAAACAUUGCACUUGCAUGAGGACUUUCGGAUUAUCUGUUGUUAUUACACAGGUGAAACUGCAUUGAUCUAUGGGUUUCACCUUCUGACACUACAGUUUGCAGCUUCCUUAUUCAGAAUUCAGGUUUUGCAACACUUGGUUUGAAUAUAAUGAGUGAUAAUUGAUGGAAAUCAGAGGUUUCAACACUUAAGUAUAUAAACAUAUCUGCCAUAAAUCAAAAACAUUUUGGGAUUGAAAAUCCUGUAUUUUUAUACAUAACCUGACUUUUCAAAAAUCUUGUUCCUACAAGAUUAGGAAACUUAAGAAAACCAUUUACGUAAUUUAUUAAAAUUAACAUAAAAGGCUUGCCUUCGAAAGGUAAAGUUGGUAAAUACACACUGUUUAAAAAUGCCAAUAAAAACCUCAUUUUUUCAUAUAUGCAAGUUGAUUUGCACAUGUAUAAAUAGAUACGCUUUUUUGCUUUCAUUUUUUUCCUUUAAUUUUCUUUGUGGUUGCUGGUCUUUGAUUCUUUUUUGUAAUUUAUAGUUGUAAUUACAUAUUGCUUAAUAUUUGCUCCACAGAUAUUUAAUGUUUAUGUGCCUUUAUUUAACUCUGUUGGAUGGAUGUUUGGCAUGUUGGCACUGUCUGAACAAGUAUAAUGGAACACUCAUUUUAGGGUAAAAUAUACCGUGUUGCUGCAUAAAUACUAUGGGAGGCUCUUUGAGAUAUAUAAAGAAAACAGUGCUGUAACCUUGUCACUUUUGCAAAUGACCAUUUCUGUAAACAGAAUAUCCCUUGCUGAAACUGUUGGUUUGAUGGGAGUACUCCUAGGUGAAUGCAGUAGCUAGAUAAAGUCCCUUUGUUUAAUGGCCAUCAGGUAAGAGGAGGAGACAGUGGUGAGCAGGAAAUCUCUACUGAAAUUGCCAAAUGUAUUGUUAAGGAAAUUGGAAAUGUGCAUUAACACAUGGGAGGUGCUCAGGUAUUUAGAUAUACCCGGGAGGUGCUCAGUCAGAAGUAGCAUGAUACUAGGAACACCAUGAGGCCUAUUCUAGCUCCACUCCUGACUGUGCAUCUGGCUCAGUCAUUUAUUGCCUGAUUUUUUCAGUUACUGAGCAAUUGCAGCCUCCAUUGACUUAACCAAAGCCCAGCUUGUUCACUUGUGUGUCUUCACCUGUACCAAGAAUGUCAAACACAUGGCCCACAAGCUGGGUUGGGCCUGCAGAGCCACUCUGUUCAGCCCCGCAAACUAUCAGCGUGGUUAAGGGGGAUGGCCUGUCACAAAAUCCAGGGCCUAAACGCCGAAGUGGACGUGAUGAUUGGCUGCAGGAGAAUGAGCAAAGGCUGAUGGUCCCAGUUGCCUUCCGGCCACUUCACCCACCCACAUUGCUGCGGUCCUUGUUCCCUGGCCGCUGGCUUGUGCCACAUGCCCAGGGCUGGAGCUAGAGUCACUGCCACAGUACAGGGCAUGUAGAUCCGGCUCUGACUCCAGCAUCGGGUAUGUGACAAGGGCUGAAGCCGCUGCUGCUUGCUCCAGGUCAGAGCUGGAGCUGCCGCUGUCUUGUGUUGUGGGUCAAAGCUGGAACCUUCAUCACUUUACAGCUUCCUUGUGCCCUGGUCUGGAUCAGGCCUGCAAGGAGAUGUGCAGUCCAGAUCUGACCUAGGGCACCAGGUGAGUUUUGACACCUCUGCCCUGUACAAUGGGCUCCUGAUUCCAUCUCUAAUUUUCUUCCUUGACCUGCUGGUAUGAGUACUAGUUUAUAGUCCACUUUGAGAAUAUAGGGCAUGGCAGCUGACCUGCUAGUGGUCUCCCUUCUUUUAAUGGACUGACUGACCUAAAUUAUAGGCAUUAUAAAUUUACACCUGGGGGAUUAACAGAUACAACCUGAAAGUGUGUUUUCACCUAUGUCUAGCUCAGAUUGCAUUAUUUUAGGGCCACAUUCAGGUCCCUCAAAGUCAAUGUCAUGUAUUUUUAAGGAAUCUGAAUCAGACCCUUUAUAGUCUGAUCAGCAUCAUUAACUUCAUGACUGGCCUCAGUGGCAUUUUGAUCCCACUUUUAUUCAGCUUUAUUCAGACUAAGCAAGCAGCUGUUUGCUUUUAAUGGGUUGGAGACCAGAUGUGAUUAAAGAUUCAUAUUCCUCUUUAGAUAAAGGAUGAACACUAUGAACCUGGCUACACCUGCUGAUUUAAGGCGUAUUAAGGACGUGCGUUUACACGUGUGUGACCUUAAUGUGCCUUGAAAAACAGUGAUUUUAGGAUAUCGGUGCCUAAAUUUGAUACCUGCAAAAGCAGGUAUCAAAUUUAGGCACAAAUAGCUAAAGCACAUUAAUGCAUGUAUAGAGGCGUUAAGGCACAUUAACGCUGUGUAUGGACUGACGUGGGACUAACUUUAGACACAAACCUAAAUCACCUUAAUGCACCUUAAAUUUAGGCAUGCCUAAAUGCAUGUGUAGACAUACUCUAUAAGUCACUUUUAUCAAUGACAGGCUCUCUUCUGCACAUAUCAGUCUCUGCCAGUUCUGCAUGGCUGUCUGCUAGCAGUUAUCUUACUGCAAUGAUAUGUUGUUUGUUUAAACGUUUAUAAUUGUUUAAAGCUAUUUAAGUUUUUUUUGGCAAUCUGUCUGUGUGUGUAUAUUUUGGUUUGUAAAAAAGAAUAUCAGAUAACAGGUUCUUGCUAUAGCCUUCAGCGAAAGAGAUGUGCUGCUGUAGUUAGCUUAAUUCAGAUGUCCUGGUACAGCAUUGGUUGCUGCUUUGUGACAUUGGCCAAGAGCUGUUAUGCUUUCAACUCUUAAUCGGUUGAUCCUUUUUGCUUCUGGUUCCCCUUUGUUCCUAUUUUCCUAUCGAGGGAUCAAAAACCCAGAGAACGUGGUGAGAAUUUUUUGGCCUCAGCCUGUUUGGCAACAGGUCACUGCAACCUGGGAAGGCUCUGGAAGCCUUUAAACUAACUUACUGCUGUAAAACCAACUUUAAAAUGUACUGAUUUUUAUCUCUGUUGCUUACAGACUUUUAGCAGAUUCAGAGGGGUUUUUUUUUAAAAACCUUAAAUGUAAUAUUGAAUAAGAAUAUAUAAACUCGCUAGAGGAAAUACAUAUCACAGUGGCUGAAUCCAGCAUUGAGUUAUCAGUCCUAUCCUUGCUUAUAAAGAUAAAUGUCCUGACACACUUCACCCAGCAAGGAACUCUCAUUUAUAAAUCACUUGUUUUAACUCCUUUGUAAUUAAUACAUUUAAAAAUACAAACCACCUUCCUCAGGUCUUAGGAAGAAACAAGCUUUUGGGCACAAGCUUUUUGGGCAUCUGUCUCACUUUUCUCCCACAUAUACAGUUGGUCAAAUAAAAGAUAUCUCGAACGAACCUUUGCCCCUUAAACAUUUCCCAGACCAUCACUGCUAUAGCAACACCAUAACCCUGCGACCGCUAGAAAUGUGAGUAACACUUCAGUUGGGCUCAGAAGACUUACCGCAGCCAUUCAUGAACUCUCUCUUCAUUUGAUUGGUGCAACUGUCAGGUGUCACAUCCCCAAAUUUACUCUCCAUUUAAGUCACACGCAGUAGUGACUAACCUCUGUGUUCUGAACACACGAGUGUUUAAAAAUACCCUUUUACUGAAAACUGUCAUAUCCUUUCCUUUGCUAUCUUAUUUCUACAGGUGGUCCGGACUGAUCCUGCAUGCCCAAUUGCAUUAAACCGAGUUAUGCCUGUGAGUGAAAGCCCCUCACGUACAGUGCUUACAGGAUCACGUGAUUAUGUUCUAGCAGUAGUGUUAUGGACCCUGUGCUCUUUCCAUUUGACAUUAAUGGCAACAUGACUGAUUUCUCUGAAAGGAGGAUUACGCACAGCAUGGGCCCAGAUCUGCUGUAACCAACUCCUGACUAGCUAUGCAUCAGGGCCUUAAUCUUGAAGAGUAUGAAGUGUUCUAGCCUAACUCAGCAAAACACUUGAGCACAGUCUUGAUUUUAAGUAUAUGACUAGUCCUGCUGACUGCAUACGUUGGGGCUGCUCAGAUGCAAAACGUUAAGCCCAGUCUGCUGGAUCAAGCAAGGUCAGCAUGCUAAGUAAGGCUCUUGAGAGAUCAAACCCCAGUUGACCAGAAAAUCAGCAGGCCCAAAUUCAGUCCAGCUUCCUCUCCGUUAACAUCAGCAUGGUUACAUCAGUAAUGUUCUGCAUUAAUUAUCAACUUCAUUAAUUGCUGAUAAAACAAAAAACCUUAAACAUGGUUACUGCUAUCUUUGUUUUUUUCCCUGUAAGAUACAGUGAGGGAAAAAGGAAAUACAGUAAUGUCUGAACGGUAAAGGGCAAACUUGCCAUGGGUGGAAAUGUUACCUUCAGGGUUCUGAGGUGUUAAAGGAAAUGGCAAUGAAAGGUGUAAAUUUAAGAUACAAACUGGAGAAUUUGGUUCUGGACAGAUUUUAGGGGCCUAAUUCUUCCAUCUUUGCGAUAAACCUUAAAGUCAGUGGAAGACUUGCAUGAAGAAGGAAACUUCAGGGUCAGGCUCAUACCAGUGUGUUUUAUUCUGAAUCUGCUCUUUCGAGGUGUAUUUCUUUGCUGUUCUAAAUGGCUGUGUUCCACUAUAUGAAGUUCAAGCAGUUUGAUUCUGAAAGACAGACCGCAGUGCUCAGUAUCGUAUUGUCAAGUGACUGAGGUUCAAUAGGAGGGGAUUCUUUAAAAACACAAAAGUAAAUGUCUGUAUUUUAAUGGCAUAGAGCAAAUGCUUUGUUUUCACUGUUGUAGAGAAAACUAGGGAGAACUUUAUUUUUCAAUAAACUUUUAUUGUGUGA